UCAUGGAAUUUAAGGAGUUUUUACUUUAAAUAUCUGUGCAAAUACAAGUUUCAAUUUGGGUAUUAAGCCAUAGUUAUAUGCACUCUUGUCCAGAAUCGGAUUUAGGAUUUUAGUAUAUACUGUAUUCGAAUUUUAAGGUUAUUAGUACUGAACUUAUUGUAGUAUUAAAAUUAUGGAUUCAAAAUUUAAUAUUUGUUGACAUUUUAGUGUUUUCACAUAAUAAAUCUAUACUCCAGGUCGAAAUGAAUCUGUGCCGAAGCCCUGGAUCCGCCUCGGGCUUGUUUCAUAAGAUAGCAAUAAAAAUUAAUGAUUUGAUUCUUUCUCAUAUUUUUGAAGAAGAUGGCUCGGAAAUAGCAAUAAUUUCUUGCUUUCUAUAUAUCGCCAAACUUGAAACGCUUUCUUGUAGUUUCCAGUGAGAAAGUGAGCAAAUGGAAUGUUUGAUUUUUUUUUAUUUUUUAAUAUUAUUGAAGUGUCUUUUAGGGGGUGGCUAGAACCAUUUCCUUUUUUCGCUUUCACCUUUGGAUGUAUCUGCAAACCAUUUAUCUGUAGACAACUGAAAUGAAUAUAGCCGGGGGCGGAUCAAAGAUUUUAACUUUAAGGGUUAGUAAUUUUCUUAACCUACAAUUCAUUUGAUUUUCUAGGUUCAGAACAUAUUUUUUGUACCUAUAGGGUCUGAGCCGAAGCUAUUGGAUUCGGUUGAACCUGCUCGUUAUGUUGUAGAUCCACCGCUGAAUAUAGCUUCUAUUUCUACAGUUUAGGUCAUCCGUUUUGGAGACUUUGGUUCUGAAAAUGAUUUUGCUGUUGAUAUGCAGAGUCAAGAAGUCAAGUUUUUCUAGUGCUGUCAAUGACUAAGAGAGGCUAAUGUGAACAUUUCCUUUUUUUUUCUUCACCAUCCUUUUCCCUAAUAAGUCUUGCCCAUGUUAUACAUUUGGUUCCACAUAGUGUUUCUUUUUGACAAAUUUACGACAAUUUUGAUCUUGUAAGGAAGUCUUGUGAGCUAGUUGGAUUUGUAAUUCGCAAAACUUCAGCUACUUUCCUCUUCUUUGCAGUAGGAUUCAAUAUGGCUUUGGCUUAUUGUUUUAUUUGCUUCCUUUUGUCUCUUCUUCUGAUCUUAGUUCAGGCAACGGGCAGAAAUGAUUCAACUUGUCCAAAGUCCUUUACAUGUGGGAAUCUUACUGACCUGAGCUUUCCUUUCUCUCUUUCACAUCAAUCCGACUGUGGAAUAAUGACCAUGUCUGGUUGUGAUGCUAAACCUUAUCCGACAAUCCAACUGCUUCCUGGAGGAGAUUGGUACUAUGCUUUAGGGAAGCAUAAUUCAUCAGUUUGGCUUGGCGACCCGAAGCUUCAAAUGACGUUGAGGCAACACAAGUGCCAGGCUUUUAACAACAAUUUCUCCCUUCCAAACUCUCCUUCUAUUUCUUUUACUAUGCUUACGCUUUACAACUUCUUCAAAUGCAACAGCAGCAGCAAUAAUACGCCAAAUAUUACCCAGAAGAAGAAUGACACUUUCGCUGGUUAUAAAAUGUACAAUGGAUGUGAAGGCUUUAGCAUAUACUACAAGCGUCUGGGAGAUGAUAAUGUUAAGGACAUUCAAGCAGACAAUCUUCCUGCCAACUGUUCACUUAUCACAUUGCCAAUUCACUCGCUAUCAAGUGAUGGAGAUUUGUUCCACUUGUUAGGUCCCGAAUUUCUAGUAGAAUGGGAACUAUCUGAUGACUGUUACCAAUGUCACUAUAGUGGAGGUCAAUGCCAGACUGAUAUUACCAACAACUUUUGUUGUCACAAAGAUGCAAAAACAACUAGAAGAAGUAUGAUGGGGCUGAUUCUGGCAGCAGUUUUUGGUGGAGUAGGAUUGGUGAUGAUAACUUGUUUAGUUGUCUACCUUAUCUUGCAUUACAAGAAGAGGAAAUUUUGUCCAUCCCGCUUUCUCUCAACAAAGAAAUUCUCAGAUAUAUUUAAGCAUGAUGUCGAGGGAGGCAGUAUAUUCUUUGGUGUCCCAGUCUUCUCUUAUUCAGAACUUGAAGAAGCCACAAAUGAUUUCAAUUCCUCUAGAGUACUUGGAGAUGGAGGUUUUGGAACUGUUUACUAUGGAAAACUUAAGGAUGGAAGAGAGGUUGCUGUAAAGCGCCUUUACGAGCACAACUGCAAGCGAAUGGAGCAGUUUAUAAAUGAAAUUGAGAUCCUUACUAGACUAAGGCACAACAAUCUUGUCACCCUCUAUGGCUGCACUUCAAGCCGAAGCCGUGAACUACUCCUUGUCUAUGAAUAUAUUCUUAAUGGAACUCUUGCUGAUCAUCUCCAUGGUCGCAGAGCGAAGCAACGAUCACUCUCGUGGCCAAUCCGCAUGAACAUUGCUAUAGAAACUGCUGGUGCAUUGGCUUACUUGCAUGCUUGUGACGUAAUACACUGCGAUGUCAAGACUAAUAACAUACUUCUUGAUCAGAACUUUAGUGUUAAAGUUGCAGAUUUUGGGAUUUCAAGGCUCUUCCCCAACGAUGUCUCUCAUAUUUCAACUGCACCCCGGGGUACCCCUGGCUAUAUCGAUCCAAAGUAUCACGAGUGUUACCAGCUAACUAGUAAAAGUGAUGUUUAUAGCUUUGGGGUGGUUCUUGUUGAACUCAUUUCAUCGAUGCCAGCUGUGGAUAUGAGUAGGCAUAGCCAAGAGAUUAAUUUGGCUAACUUUGCAAUAAACAAGAUAGUAAAAUGUGCAUUUAAAGAGUUGAUCGAUCCAUCCCUGUUGUUCGAUUCAAAUACCAAGAUCUGGGAAAUGACUACUUUAGUGGCAGAGCUGGCUUUUCUAUGCUUGCAGACAGAUAGGGAUAUGAGGCCUACUAUGACCGAAGUUUUGGAUACUCUAAAGGAGAUUCAGACUAGUGCAUUUGACAAUGAGAAGAGAGCAGAGUCUAAUCUCAAUGAUAAAGAAGCUAAAAUUGUUUCAGGGCCUCCUUUCCCUGAAUCAGAAAAUUUGUUAUUGUUGAAGCAAGUCAAAUCGCUACCUUCACCAAAUUCUGUAACUGAUAAUUGGAUUACAUGCUAUGACAUAAAUAAUACAAAGUAGUUAAAGUUGUAUACCCCUUUCUUUAUGUUCUUGAUGUAAAUUCUGAGAGACUAUGAAUGUAUUACUUAGAGAAGUUUCUUGA